AUGUGCGGUCAUGGAACUACGAUUGGUGGCCCACUGUCUCACUUCCGUGAUCUCUUCGCGCUAAUUCCAGAAUCAUACCAUCCUCGACUUGGUGUCUGUGUCGAUACUUGUCACAGCUUUGCAGCAGGGUAUGAUCUACGCUCUCCGGCUGGCUGGGACAGGUUCAUGACGGAGUUCGACGAAACCAUAGGUCUGAAGUUCUUACGAGCAUGGCAUUUAAAUGAUUCAAAAACACCCCUGGGUAGCAACAGAGAUCUUCACGCUAACAUCGGCACUGGAUUCCUGGGGCUGAGGGCAUUCCACAACUUGAUGAACGACAAGAGAGCGGAAGGGAUGCCGAUGGUGUUGGAGACCCCGAUUGAUAGACCCGUGGAUGGUGCAGGGACAAGAGCUAAAAAUAAAAAUACAAUCGAAGAUAAAUCUGUUUGGGCCAAAGAGAUAAAGCUUCUCGAAAGUCUUAUUGGCAUGGAUCCUGAGAGUAAAGAGUUUCUUGAGCUCGAAGCCAAGCUGGCAGAUGAAGGGAAAGAAGAGCGAGCCAAACAUCAGGCCAUGUUCGACAAGAAGGCAAAGGAGAAUUCCGGCAAGAGUAAGGACAUACGGUCCAUGUUCGGUAAAGGGAAGCCCAAGAGGAAAGGUUCGAAAAAGAAGGACGAUAGCAGUGAAGAUGAAAUCGAUGGAAAGUGUGGCAGCAGCCACGAAUGA